AUUUGGAACCGUCAUAAUGAACGAAGUCGUCGGGCCAACUCGUUUGUAACAGACAAAACGGUCAUGGGAGUAGUAAUUACAUCUCCUAUAUAUAAGAUUGCAACCAAGGAAAAGAAAAAGAAAAUCUACAACCAAGCACACUAUGGAUAUCAACCAGGGUGAUGGAGAUGAUGGAGCUUCUAGGGUUGAUGCAGCCGCUACAGGUGAUGGAGAUGAUGGAGCUUCUAGGGUUGAUGCAGCAGCUACAGGUGAUGGAGAUGAUGGAGCUUCUAGGGUUGAUGCAGCAGCUACAGGUGAUGGAUCAAGUAGGGUUCAAGAGUCUUAUGAGGACAAUCUUGUGGAUAUCAAUAUGGACUUCGAAGAGGCCCCAUCAAUGGAAACUGAGUUUCCUGUGGUUGUUUCACUGGAAGACUUCUCAAUGUUUAGUCAACACACUGAGCAAGGCAGUUAUGAACACCAAGAACCUGAAAAAGAGAGUGAGGAACAUAGUGGAGAAGAAGAGUCCGAGGAGAGUGAUGAUCACUGCAUGCAUCCGAUAGGUAUGAAAAAGCCUCAUGGGGUCAGGAUUAGCUAUGGACCACCCCCUCCUUCAAAGACCUCAAAAGCUCUGAAGUCACAACAAGGAACAAGCAAACCUCAAAAGCUGGAGAUUAAAAGGAGACCAACCUAUUACACCAGAUCCAAAAGCUCCUUCAGGUCUAUCUUUUUUGGGAAUGAUGCAGACCCAAUAGACCUGGAGUAGUUUUAUUGGUUCCUUAGAAUUGAUGUAGCUUUUGGGUAAUAUGUAAUUUAAAGAACACUAAUCUGUUAUGUUUUGUUAUGGAUAGAAAAUGGAUAUGAUGUAUGGAUAUGAUCUGUUGGUUCAGACCCAAGCUAUUGCUUAUGUAUUGUUUGUAGC